AUAGUGACUUUUUAGAUUUCAUAGAAAAUAAAUCAAAUUAUUGGCAAUGUAUGAGGCCCCUUGAAACAAAACCAAAUUUUUAGUGUUAGCAACCGCAAAAUGGCGAAUUCGAGAUCUUUAAAAUCGAGCAACUGGCCCGGCAUACUGGACUCCAGGACCGCACUGCGAAAGUACUUCGCACCGCCACCCAAAGCGGCCGGAACGCAGGAGAGACUUCCGUCUUACUCUCCUCCAAACUUUGUGGGAGCUGAACCCAUGCAGCGAUCUAUAAUGAACUCCGCCUGGCAAUUGGCCAGCGAUCCCUCUGGUCUCUCGGAUUUCCGUAUUCCCAGGCAGAUCAAGGGAUUGAAGGAUCGUGAAAGAAAGAAGCUGGAACGGAAGGUUUGGGCCAAGCCGGCAAGGAUCGAUGUAACCAAGAGAGCUGCCAAAUUGGGAGCUAUAAACAUCGAAAAGUUGCAGAAACAGGAUCAGGUGGAGUCGCCUCCAAAAUCGAGAUCAAUAGCUAAGACGGAGCGAAAGAAGGUCAAGAAGAAGCAAUCGCCACUGCUUCGGAAGAGGCCCACCAAAAUAUUUUCCCACUCUGGCCUCCCGCGGCGCAGGAACAUCCUGGUCGUGGACGCCAAGAGGUCCCCAGGAAUGGCACACCUAGCUGGUGGAGCGGAUCAACCUCUGAAAAGCACUUCAACUGGACGGGAGGGAGACGCCUACCGUCCGAGAAUCAGGAUGAGUGGCCGGUCCAAGAAGACGUACACUGUGCCCCUGUGCAGACGGCCCACUGAGAUCAUAGGCACGCGCCUUCCCUACUCCCGCCAGAUGCAGAUGCGCCAGGAGAAGCUCUGUCAGCAGCCGGAAUACUACGACCAGUACAUCCGCAUGCUGUACCACCAGCAGCGCCACCAGCAGAUGUGCCAGCAGGAGCAGCAGCAGCAGGACUUUGCCCGUCAGAGGGACCAUAUGGCCCAACACCCCUACUCCAUAUUGCCGCACGCCAUGUCCGAGGAUCAGGAGCAGCAAAACGUGUACUCCGUGCCCUCCAAGUCGCCGCUCAAGAGAUUGAGGGGCGGCAAGCGGCUGUGCGGCAACUUUUACUACAACUAGAAAAGUGAUCAAUAAACAAGUUGCAGAGUA